AUGGCUGUUAAUCUCCCUGGACUAGUGGCUGUCAUUGUUUUUGACAUGCUGAUUCUUGCAACCGGAAUUUGGGCUUCUCGAAAAUCAAAGCAAGAAGACAAAGCAUGCUCUGGAACCAAAAGUGAGGUGGCCAUGGUUGGAGGCAGGAACAUUGGAACCUUGGUUGGGAUUUUUACAACAACAGCAACAUGGGUUGGAGGAGGCUUCAUCAAUGGGAUUGCCGAGGUAACCUAUCUGCCGCAUCGUGGAGUAAGCUGGGCGCAGGGACCCCUUAGUUAUUCUUUCAGUCUUAUUUUUGGUGGCCUUUUCUUUGUUAAGCCAAUGCGAUCCAAGCAGUAUGUCACAAUGAUGGACCCAUUCCAAGAGAAAUUUGGGAAAGUGAUGGGGAGCCUCCUCUUCAUCCCAGCUGUAUUGGGAGAUAUAUUUUGGUCAGCUGCUGUUCUUGCAGCGUUGGGUGCUACAAUGACUGUAAUUUUGAAUAUUGAAACCUAUUUGUCCAUCAUCCUGUCAGCUUGUGUGGUUACAAUAUACACACUACUGGGUGGCCUCUAUUCGGUGGCAUAUACAGAUGUGAUGCAAAUGGUCUUUAUUGUCAUCAGUCUGUGGUUCUGUGUGCCCUUUGCCAGUAUGAAUCCAGCAGUUGCAGACAUCAAAUACACCAUGGUAAAUGAACUUUAUCAGAGCCCAUGGAUCGGUAAAAUAGAGAAGAAUCAGAUCUUCCGAUGGAUUGAUGAUCUUCUUUAUUUGAGUUUGGGAGGUAUUCCUUGGCAAGUGUAUUUUCAGCGAGUCCUUGCAUCAUCAAUUUCUCGAGCAAGAAAGACAUCUUAUGUAGCCGGCAUUCUCUGCUUCACAUAGUCUUUCCCUUCCAUCAUUAUCGGAGCAGUUGCUGUAUCUACAGACUGGAAUCAGACAAGCUACGGUUUACCAACUCCAGAUGAGAGACAAGAAUCGAGCAUGAUAUUGCCCAUUGUCCUUCAGUACCUGUGCCCUGUUUAUAUUGCUAUGUUGGGAAUUGGUGCUAUUUCAGCAGCAGUAAUGUCAUCUGCAGAUUCAUCACUUUUAUCAGCAAGCUCAAUGUUUGCACGCAAUAUCUACAAGACUAUUAUCAGGAAAAAGGCUGCCGAGAAGGAAGUGAUAUGGGUUAUGCGGACUACAGUGGUUUUGUUUGGAGCUUUAGCUACCACACUGGCAAUUGUAACAAAUUCAAUUUAUGGCCUGUGGUUCCUGAGUUCAGAAUUCGUGUAUGCCAUACUGUUCCCACAGCUUGUCUGUGUCCUCUUUAUCCCAGCUACCAACAUCUAUGGAUCAGCUGCAGGAUAUGUGAUUGGAUUAACCUUGAGACUAUUAGCUGGUGAACCUUUCCUUCAAAUCCCACCAAUAAUUCAAUAUCCAGGCAUUUCCUUUAAGAAUGGCACCUUUGAACAACUUUUUCCAUUUAAAACUUUCACAAUGCUGCUGUCCUUACUUUCCACUGUCAUGUUCUUAUUGGCUUCAUUUGUAUUUAAGAGAAAGAUUCUGCCUGUAAGAUUUGAUGUUUUCAAAAUUACUGAAAAAGUAAGAGAGGUGCCCACAGCACGGGAUGAACAAAUUACUUUAAAAGAUUGCAGAAAUCAUAAACCUGAGUCUGACAAGAACAAUGUGUAA